AUGGCGGCGUACAGAGCCGACGAUGAUUACGAUUACUUGUUCAAGGUGGUUCUGAUCGGCGACUCCGGCGUCGGCAAAUCCAACCUUCUUUCUCGUUUCACGCGAAACGAGUUCAGCCUCGAAUCCAAGUCCACCAUUGGCGUUGAGUUCGCCACCAGAAGCAUUCGCGUCGAUGAUAAGGUUGUCAAGGCUCAGAUUUGGGACACUGCUGGCCAAGAAAGGUACCGAGCAAUUACAAGUGCAUAUUAUCGAGGUGCUGUUGGUGCUUUACUAGUCUAUGAUGUUACGCGUCAUGUUACUUUCGAAAAUGUGGAGAGAUGGUUAAAAGAGCUGAGAGAUCACACAGAUGCCAACAUUGUGGUGAUGCUUGUAGGGAACAAAGCAGACCUGCGUCAUCUGCGUGCAGUUUCGACCGAAGAUGCUACAACAUUCGCCGAGCGAGAGAACACAUUUUUCAUGGAAACAUCUGCCCUGGAAUCCUUGAAUGUUGAAAAUGCCUUCACAGAAGUGCUGACCCAGAUCUAUCAUGUUGUGAGCAAGAAGGCCCUUGAGAUUGGAGAUGAUCCGGCAGCUUUACCAAAAGGGCAGACAAUUAGUGUUGAUGAUGUAUCAGCUGUGAAGAAAACUGGAUGUUGUUCUUCUUGA